ACUAACAAGAGACGGAGAAAACAAAGUUUUCUUCGUGUUUGGUUUUUUCUCCCAUCCCUCAUACCUAUUCUUUUGGCUUCCCACGUGCCAUUAUUCAGAACUAGAAGAAAGAUUGAAGAGCACUGCUUUAUAUGUAUGUGUGUGUAUAUAUAAGUAACCAUGGUUCAUGCAUUGCAUGCUUCAAUAAAUUUCAGAGUAGGAUAGGCUUCAUUUUCUGGUUAGAAAUUUUUCUCAGACCAAAAUUAAUGCUCAGCUUUGGUCAAGCAACACCCACCAAAAGGAUUUGAUUUCCCAUUGAUGUGUGUUUUGUUAACUCAAUCUUAUUCUUGUGGUUGAAAGAAAAGUAUUCAUUGGUCGGUAAGGGGAAAGUGAGAGGCACAAGAUUGAGGGAGGUUAUAUAAGAGUCUGAGUCUAGUUUGCAGACAAAGCUAUUGAAGUUCAUCCUUCAUUUGUAGUUGUUUCUGCUAGACUUUGUUGGGGUUUUAGAGCAUAGAAGGGGGAAGCAUAAUGGGAGUGGUUCAUAAUGGAUACUCAAAUGGAAGUGUUGGUGGUCAGAAUUGUAAUGGGGUAGAGGAGAAGCUUGAUACUUUGAGGAGGCUUAUUGGGAAGGGUGAUGGUGACCCUUUGAGAAUUGUGAGUGUUGGAGCUGGUGCUUGGGGCAGUGUUUUUGCAGCUUUGUUGCAAGAUUCUUAUGGUCAGUUCAGGGACAAGAUACAGAUCAGGAUUUGGAGAAGAGCAGGAAGGGCAGUGGAUAGAGGCACUGCAGAACAUCUCUUUGAGGUCAUAAACUCAAGGGAAGAUGUGCUGAGAAGGUUGAUCAGGCGUUGUGCAUAUCUGAAAUAUGUGGAGGCAAGGCUUGGUGAUAGGACCCUUUAUGCAGAUGAGAUUCUGAAAGAUGGUUUUUGCUUGAACAUGAUUGAUACCCCACUUUGUCCUCUGAAGGUGGUCACAAACUUGCAGGAAGCUGUUUGGGAUGCUGAUAUUGUGGUCAAUGGUUUGCCUUCUACAGAAACACGUGAGAUCUUUGAAGAGAUUAGUAAGUAUUGGAAGGAGAGGAUCACAGUGCCUAUAAUUAUCUCUUUGUCAAAGGGUAUAGAGGCUGCAUUGGAGCCUCUACCACAUAUUAUUACUCCCACAAAGAUGAUUCACCAAGCAACUAGAGUGCCAAUGGAGAACAUACUCUAUCUUGGAGGUCCAAAUAUUGCCUCAGAAAUCUACAACAAGGAGUAUGCCAAUGCAAGAAUAUGUGGAGCUGAUAAAUGGAGAAAACCUCUGGCAAAGUUUCUACGACAACCACAAUUUAUUGUCUGGGAUAACAGUGACCUCGUCACACAUGAAGUCAUGGGUGGUUUGAAAAACGUCUAUGCAAUUGGAGCUGGAAUGGUAGCUGCCCUUACUAAUGAGAGUGCCACAAGCAAAUCUGUGUACUUUGCACACUGCACAUCAGAAAUGAUAUUCAUCACUCACUUGUUGGCUGAAGAACCAGAGAAACUUGCAGGGCCGUUACUGGCUGACACUUACGUAACCUUGUUGAAAGGCCGUAACGCUUGGUAUGGCCAGAUGUUAGCUAAGGGUGAAUUAAGACCAGACAUGGGAGACAGCAUUAGUGGCAAAGGAAUGAUUCAGGGUGUUUCUGCAGUUGAGGCAUUCUUUGAACUUCUUAGCCAAUCUAGCCUGAAUGUGUUGCAUCCUGAAGAAAACAAGCCAGUUGCUCCUGUAGAGCUUUGUCCCAUCUUGAAGACACUAUACAAAAUUUUGAUAUCAAGGGAACAGUCAUCACAAGCUAUUCUGAAAGCAUUGAGGGAUGAAAAUCUGAAUGAUCCUCGCGAACGAAUUGAGAUUGCACAAAGCCAUGUUUUCUACAAGCCUUCACUUCUUGGACAAUCCUAAGUGUUUUCUCUUGGGAAAAAACAAAAGUCCAAAUUCUCUACUGAGUAUUUAGUAUUGUUUCUCUAAUGAACCUUCAAAAUACACUAAUAGUAGUAUAUUAAAAGAGUUUUUAAUAUAUUUUAAAACAUAAAAAAUAAUCAGUGUCCAUUACAGUACUUUGAAGGUUCAGUAGAGAAACCGCACCAAAAACUGAAGAGAACCAUAUAUGGAAAACACUUGUGAAAGGGAAUAUUUUUCGUGAGCGUGAAUGUAUUGUUUUUGAAGGAUUUUGCUUUACAAUGUUGCAUGUACAUAUGUUAUAAGAUAUAAGCCACUGUGCAAUUGUACUGAUUACUCCCAAAAACACGACAUUACCUUACCCAACAGGAGUCUAUCUUUAUGUGGCAAACUUUGGCAGAGAAUUCACUACUGCCUGAUGGGAACUACAACAUUGUGACCAAAAUGAGAGAAACGCUGUUUUUGGAUUAUUUUUGCUUUUCAUUAAUGGAAUGGAAUGGAAUAAGUAAGUUAGGGAAAGGCAUGGCAAAGCUUCCAAAUUAUUUUAAUAUGUUUGUUUUCUUACGAAGUUAUUUACCCAAAUUCCACCUCAAUUUUGGAGUACUAAACUGUAUAUUUGAGGAGAACAACCAUUGGGUAUCAAGAACUCAAAUAUCAAGUUGCAGAAUAAAUCUAACAUAUUUAAGAUAGUCUUUGAAUGUAUAUUUAUAUUUCAAAUAUGUUUGGUUAUAUUAGUACUGAAAUCCACCGACUCUGAGGAUCUCUCCCGUGGGAAUAUAUCGAGAUCAACGACCCUAAUAAUUAUAAGGUUGCUAAAUUCCAGAACUUUCCUAAUUUCGUGAAGAGGUGGUAGUUAUCCAAUUUCAUUGGGAUACAACCUUCAUAUAUAAGUGGGGUAGAUCCAAGAAUCCAAUUCAACUAUCUUCAUUUGAAAAACCUCUGAGGUCCUUGCUCACUUAAGCAUUACUGUUUUUGCAUAUACCGUCCUUUUCUUUUUCCUUUGGAGAUAAUAGAGUCAUGGAGCACCGACAAUAGAAGUUGCCUGAAUCAAACAUGGCGAGAUCCAGGAUCCUAUACCAAAUUACAGGGAAGCCCUGGACCUAACCAACCAAGAGAAACCCAAAAAAGUAAGGCAGAACACACUAAGUUCAGCAGCUACUCAGUCGCUGAGCUAACUGUUCAACCAAAUCUACUUUUCGAAGCUUAUAAUAUUUUCUCACAUUGUGUUCCUUUGCCAUAGCCCUCAAAUCAGUCAAUGACAAGCUAUUCAAAGAUAAGGUCUCAUCAUGAGAAUCCACCAAGGAAUGUGACUUGUGAGUACGAGGAGCUAACUUGCUUUUUUUGUCCAUAGAAACCCCGUCUGAAUUUGAAAAUUUACUGUCAUAAAGAACAAUAGCACGACCUUCAGUCUCAUGCUUGUCUGGUUUCACUGCCCCUUUAGUAAUAAUCUUCCGCUUCAUUGACUCGUUUAAAAUGGUAACAUCAGUACAGGAUUUGGAUCUUCGCUGGCUCUUAGCUGAUACAACUAUGGAUGCACUUGGAAUAACUUCCGUACAACUGUCAAAUGGUUCUCUGGAAGAAAAUGCCUUUAGUUCCAGUUCCUUCUUUUCCGAAGCUUUAAGCUUUGAAGGGAAACUCAUCUUGGACUUUCUGAGGUUAGUUCUCAGUUGGGAUUUAAGGUCUUGUUCAUGUUCUUUCCCUUUAUCUUCAUCUACAUCCAUCAGCUGUAACCCAGUAUACAAUGAACUCUUGGUAUGCAUCCCUAGCAGUGAAAUCAAUGCAGAAUUUUCAGCAUUAAUAAGGGGUGGUGUUUUCAAUGUUGAACACUAGUCCAGAAUUAUUACCAUUGCUAUCUUUAACGGAGCAAAAUUCUGUAUCAGUGAUACAUAAUGUUUUAGGAUAAACAACUUGUAAAGGGUAAUUCAGGGAGUUCAAAUCUUCGUCUGGAGCAACCUUGGGUUCUUUCUUGCAGUCCCUUUGUGCAGCUUUUGGAGCAAAAUCACAUGGUUCUUUGUCUAAAUUAGGUUUUGCUCGUUUUUGUCGUUGUGAAGUAUCUAAUAUGGAAUGUGGACCCGUUUUCUUCCCA